ACAAGUGUGGGGGCGGGAUAUCCCGAUCCAGGGGUUAUGCGCUUCCCUUGAUGGAGGAGGGGAGGGGUUGAAGAGUUGAUAUGUCCACCAUCUUGAAAACUCGCUUAUAGUGCUGAGCAAUUUUCCCGCCUGCUUGAAUAAGGUUGUUGGUCACUUCAGGCAUAAAAUUGGCCGUUGAAGCGAAUUUCAGAGACAAAUUCAAAACAACCUGAUGUAGGCAGGACACCCUGUAAUGGGCCAGGAGUUGAAAAAUCUUAUAGUUUUAUUUUCUUAAUUUUUUAAAAAAUUAUUUUAGCAGGACCCUUCUUUCUGUUGGAAUUUGAUGGACUAUUCUAUUGCCUUCAUCUGCCCAGUUCCCGUGAGACUCCCCUAAUGCCUUCUUACCACGGAGAAAAAUACUGACAUUUCACAGUAACAUGUUUGCAAUAUCAAGGAUGUUUUGGAAAUUCGACCUACAUUCGUCAUCUCACAUAGACACCCUUUUGGAAAGAGAUGAGGUGACCCUAAAAGAAUUGAUGGAUGAGGAGGACAUACUGCAAGAAUGCAAGGCUCAGAAUCGAAAGCUUGUUGAGUUUUUAUUAAAAGCUGAAUGCUUAGAAGACUUGGUAACUUUCAUAACUGAGGAACCACCCCAAGACAUGGAUGAGAAAAUAAGAUACAAGUAUCCUAAUUUGUCUUGUGAGCUGCUAACGUCUGAUGUGUCACAGAUAAAUGACAGACUAGGAGAAGAUGAAUCUUUACUCAAGAGACUAUAUGCCUUUCUUUUGAAUGAUCCUCCACUGAAUCCUUUGCUUGCCAGCUUCUUCAGCAAAGUGUUAAGCAUUUUAAUCAGCCGGAAACCAGAACAGAUUGUGGCAUUUUUAAAGCAAAAAGAUGACUUUGUCAACCUGAUCAUAAAACACAUAGGAACCUCUGCAAUCAUGGACUUGCUGCUAAGACUUCUUACAUGUAUCGAGCCACCACAACUGAGACAAGAUGUCCUAAAUUGGUUAAAUGAAGAGAAGAUCAUUCAAAGGCUUGUAGAAAUUGUUCACCCGUCACAGGAUGAAGAUAGGCACUCAAAUGCUUCACAGUCACUCUGUGAGAUUAUACGUCUGAGCAGAGAUCAGAUGCUACAAGUACAGAACAGCUCAGAGCCAGAUCCACUGCUUGCCACUCUGGAAAAGAAAGAAAUUUUAGAGCAACUUUUAUCAAAUAUAUUUUUGAAAGAGAAAAAUGAAUCCGCUAUAGUCAGUGCCAUACAGAUUUUGCUGACCUUAUUAGAAACCAGAAGACCAGCAUUUGAAGGGCAUAUAGACCUUUGUCCUCCUGGAGUGAACUAUUCUGCAUUUUCAGUCAAUAAAAAUGUAUUGGCAGCUAUUCAAGAGAGACUUCCAUCUUUUCACCAGCUCCUUCUGGACCCUCCAAAGACUGGUGUAAUGAAGACAACUUGGGGAAUUCUUGAUCCUCCUGUAGGGAAUACCAGGUUAAAUGUGAUAAGGUUAAUAGCAAGUCUACUCCAGACCAAUACACAUUCAAUCAACGAGGAGCUUAUUGAGCUGAACACAAUGGGAGUUAUACUGGACAUGUUUUUCAAAUACUCUUGGAACAAUUUUCUUCAUACCCAAGUAGAAAUCUGCUUAGCACUGAUUCUUGCUAGCCCUGGUGACUCUCCAGAGCACAGCACAAUAAGUGAGCAGAACUCCACUGGAGACCAUGUUCUUCUAAAGCAUCUCUUCUUGAAAUGCCACUUAAUAGAUAGAAUACUUGAAGCUUGGGCAAUGAAUGAAAAAAGACAGUCUGAAGGAGGACAGAGGUACGGCUAUAUGGGUCACUUAACACGAAUAGCAAACUGCAUUGUCCAUAGUAUAGAGAAGGGGCCAAACAGUGUUCUAGCCCACCAGCUUAUCAAAGAUUUGCCAACUGAUGCCCAGGAAAGAUGGGAAACCUUUUGCACAAGUUCACUGGGAGAAACAAACAAGAGAAACACAGUGGACCUGGUUACAACAAGACAUAUGCACUCAUCCAGCGAUGACGAAAUUGAGUUUAAAGACCCUGGAUUCUCGCAAGAUUCUGCCAUCCAGCAGGCCUUUUCUGAUUAUCAGAUGCAACAAAUGACGUCCAAUUUUAUUGACCAGUUUGGCUUCAACGAUGAGAAGUUUGCUGACCAAGAUGACAUCGGGAACGUCUCAUUUGAUCGAGUGUCGGACAUCAACUUCUCCCUCAAUGCAAAUGAAAGUGCUAACAUCGCUCUGUUUGAGGCCUGCUGCAAAGAAAGAAUACAACAGUUUGAUGACGGCGGAUCAGAUGAGGAAGACAUCUGGGAAGAGAAAAAUAUUGCCUUCCCCCAAGAAACCCAAAGGAGGUCAAGCUCAGGAAGCACAGACAGCGAAGAGAGCACAGACUCUGAAGAGGAGGAAACUGUUAAACAGGGAUUAUUUGAGUCAAGCACAGUCAACCACGAAGACAAAAUGGAAGUUGAUGCUAAUGAAGCAAGCAACUGGACUGCAAACUUUGACAUACCAAUGGAAACAGCACAUGUAGCAAGUCUGGACUCUGUUGGUUCUGACGCAUGGAGCACAGAAGAGCCUUUGUCCUCUAAAGAAACUGGCUGGGCUUCUUUUUCUGAGUUCACAUCUCCAAUUAAUACAAAGGAGACUAUAAGAAGUAGCUCUCCUGUUGAAAUGGAAACAAGCACAGAGCCAGUGGAUCCUCUCAGUGUAAAUGCAUCAGCACAAACAGAAGUUACUGUUGCUAUGGAUGCAGUUUCUGAUGGGGACGAGGAAGGGGAAAAUGCGGAUCAGAUGACAGAAACUGUGAUGAAUGGCAGCAUGAAGGAAACGCUCAGCCUUACUGUAGAUGCAAAAACAGAGACUGCUGUUUUUAAAAGUGAGGAAGGAAAACUGACUACCUCUCAUGAUUCUGCUUGUAAAUAUGGUGUAGUGGAAAACUUUGACUCAGCAAUGGAAAAUGCUCCUCCAACACAGCCCAGUAGUAGCAGUCAAGAGCAGAGAACCUCUGAACAAAUUGUGUUAGAUGGAGCUUCAGCCAAUGGGCCCGUAUGAUGUGAUACCUGUUGCUAAGUUGAAGACUUCUAACUGAUAUAUCCACAGGGGAUUUUAAUAGCGUACUUGAGGAUUUUGGAAGAAAUGCCUGUCAACGCCAGUCACUGCUGCACUAACUUUGCAAGGGAUCAGGACCAGCAACAUUUUUUUCCCCCUUUUUUUUUUGAUUUUAAGGUGUUGUACAGUGUAAAAAACAAAAAAAAAACAAUUGCACAUUGACAAAUAAGACUUUUUGUGUAUGUUUAUAUUGUAUUGUUCUAAAAACCAACAAAAAAACAAAAACCUGGUGCCCUGUGAAAUAAGAACUCACCACUUCAGUAAUAGUGAUACUAUGGUUAAAAUGGUUGUAAAAAUAGUUUUUAUACAGUGUAUACACAGAUCUAACCUAUUGAACAUAACUAUUUGACAAUUAGUGUGACCAAAGUAUUUACCAGUUCUCAUACCGUUAUUUCUAUUAUUUUUUUCCCACCUUGUACAAAAUUCAGUUUUCUUUCAGAAAAAGCAGGUAUGUUCACUUGGAUACAUUCUCUUGUCCAUGUUUAUCAGAAGUGACUUCGACAUGGAUAUUCAGUUUAUUGUCUCAUUUCGCUGCAAGCUUUUUUUUUUUUUUUUUUCUCGUUUCCCUUCCAAAUGAUUUUAAAUAUUUAUUUCAGGGCCAUAAAGUUUGUUAUAGUAAUAAGCCUUUAAGCUACAUUUAGCCUUGGUUUACUCGAGUACUAUUUUUAAAUACUUGUCCAGUGUUUUUUCAGGCGCCCCUCCCCCCCACCCUUUUUUAAAAUUUUAACUGUUUUUAGACUUUAAAUUUAAAGGAGAAACAAACCCGUACUAGAAAAAAAAAACCUACCCUGCGUAGACCAACCUCGCUCCUCCCCCACAGCCUAACCUGUCACCCCGGGCAAAUGCCCCUAAUUUAUUACUUGCCCCUCUGUGCAUAUCUGGCCUCACGAGUUCAUGGGCGCCAUCUUCUUUUUUUCGGGCUUCUUCGGAAUCUGAGCGGAAUUUCACCACAUGCUCAGUUGGAGUAAAUUUCCGGUUCCGAACAGCUGCGCAUGCACUGAAAGUUACAAAAGUGUCUAAGAAAAAUGUCACGAAAAUAUUUUGGAAAUUUUCGUGACUUUUGGUGCAUUCGCAGAAAAUUUCCGCUCAGAUUCCGAAGACCGAAAAAAGAAGAUGGCGUCUUUGAACUCCCAAAAUCAGAUGUGCACGGAGGGAUAAGUAAAAAAUUAGGGGCAUUUGCACGGGGGGGGGGCAGUUAGGCUGUGGGGGAGGAGGGAGGUUGGUCUACGCAGGGAUGGGGGGUAGGACUUUUUUCUAGUACGGGUUUGUUUCUCCUUUAAAUCUUUCACUGUUUUCCCCCCGUUUCCUUUAUCAGUGCAUGAAUUUUAUACCUGUUAUCAAGAUCAAAUU